AUGUCUCUAAAGUCAGCCAAAGCCAUAUGGGAUUAUCUCAAAGAAGAAUAUGAUGGAGAUGAUCGAAUUAAAGGCAUGAAGGUGUUGAAUCUCAUUAGAGACUUUGAAUUGCAGAAGAUGAAAGAAUCUGAAACUAUUAAAGAGUACUCAGAGAGGCUUUUGAACAUAACAAACAGAGUAAGAUUGCUUGGUUCUGAAUUUAAGGACUCUCGUAUUGUUGAAAAAAUUCUGGUUAUGGUACCUGAAAGGUUUGAAGCUAUCAUAACCACCUUAGAAAACACUAAGGAUUUUUCUAAGAUCACCUUAGCAGAGUUGCUAAAUUCCUUGCAGGCACAAGAACAACGAAGGGUAUGA